GUUUGUUUCCCAGAACGAAGUACAGCAGUCUCGGUGUUGCUUCAACAGUCGCCUGGAGCACACAUCUCCGUCGUUCGGCAUUUUUAUCGUUACUUUCUGCAUCCAAUUUAGGUCGUCGGAACCGAGACCGGCAUUUUACGAUUGUUUUUCAGUGCUGUGUGGAAUAACUGUUUUGUGCUAAAUCCCAUUUGUUUAGAAAUAUUUUCUAUUAAUGGAUUUUCUAUGAUUGGAAAGUCGCAGGUGGGUUACUGACACACAGCAAUAGAAGAGAAAUUGAUUAUUCAAUUGAGACAUUGGGUAAUUGAGAUGAAGCCUGAAACAGAAGGCAAGGGCUUUCCCAACACCCUUAAUCUCAUCGUCUCCGUCCUGGUCCAUCUACUUCUACUCGCACCCGUUCUCUACAUCAUUUCCAUAUUCAGUAUUAAUUAUCAGUUCUUCUCGUGGCAUCCAAUAUGCAUGUCUGUCGGGGUGGGGUUUCUCAUCCUAGAAGGCGUCUUCAGUAUAUCUGGAGAGGCGAACCUGAGUCAUCGUCUCUCCCGAGCGAAUCGCGUAACAACCCACUGGAUCAUGAACACUGUCGGCCUGACUCUCAUGUUCAUAGGUCUGAUUAUCAUAGUAGUGAAUAAAAAUCGUCACGAUAAGCCUCAUUUUCAAACGACCCAUGGACAAUUGGGCCUGAGCUCGAUCGUGAUAGCCUCGGUGGUGGCGUUCUUUGGAAUUCUGACGAAUAAUACCCGUUGGUUGUAUCCGCGGGUUCGACCGAUUUUCAUGAAAGUUGCCCAUGGAUUCGGGGGAAUGGCUAUGACGAUACUCUUUGUAGCUACGAUCAUCAAUGGUGUUUACAAAAUGCCACAUCUUCUGGGCGACACUGGAAAUGCUCUCAUCUGCGCUGCACUGGUCAUUGCUGUUGUUGUUAUCCUUUUCAAACCGAUGAUCGCGGCUGUUGCGAGGACCAAGGUCAUCCUGCAACCACCGCACCCCCGCAAUCAGAGCACAUGACCGCAAUAGCCAAGUGAUAGCGUUCAUUAAAAAAAUCGUGAGAUCAUGUCGAGGAUCGAGUUAUUUCGCGGUGAUGCAGGCAAUUUGGAAUGGAUCUUAUUUAAUAAUGUUCAAAAUGCCUUACAGAUAUUAUUUGUUGACUUGGAUUGAGUCUUUAGACAGUACCGACAACGAGUGAAUUUUUUUAGAUGCAUUUGUCGUUAAAGAAAUUGACUGAAUUUUUUGGAAAAGGAUCUGUAAUUGAAUUUAAGAAAAACCUCUCGGGCAGUGCCAAUUUUUUACAUAAUUUUUAUGAAAUGAUUGGAGGGAUAUUUUGAUAAACUUGUUACAAAUUUUCGGGAGCUUUACUACAGAAAAUUUUGGACAACUAUUUUUCUAUAAGUAAACGUUGAUCAAUCUGUCAUAAUAAAUUAAAAAAAUAGAUUUUAUUUUUUUCUACUAAUGCUUACAAAAAGAUAUCCGCAAUUAUACAUUCGGGAGAAAAAAAAAAUUGUUCUCAGUAUUGUUACAACAAUGUCCGUAAUGCGUCCCCACUGCCCGCAGCAAGCAGAUACGUCGGUCUGAAUGAAGUCAUCUUUUUCCACUCGAACUAAGUGGAAUAUUCACUGCAAGCAAGCCCGUAGCUGUCUGACCCAUCACUGUUUUUUGAGCAUGCAUCUCCUUCCCUCCAGAUUGAAAUAAUGUCUCGACUAUCAUCAAAGACCAGUAACAAUCCCCCCCAUUAAACAGCAGAUAAAAACAAAUUCUCAAUUGGCCUCAUGUGACCCUGAUGAUGCGUAUGGAGCGUAACGACUCGUGUGUACACACCUAUUUGGCAAGCCCCCGGGUACUCUCAUAUGCCCGAGGGCAUCAGCGAUGUGAAAAUCGAUAAGAAAUCAUGAGAAUAACGAGACUCUGUUCAUACAACAUCUAUGGAAGCACGUGUUCCUCCCUGGAAUUCCUCUGGCCCAUAGUAAACUGAAAAUAAUGACUCCUUCCGUUCGAACGGCGAAAAUUCAACGAACAGCAAUUAUUACCACGCAGCUACAGGAUUAUAUGGAGCAUAAAAAACCCCGUCAACUUGUAUCGUUAAGUCGUAUUUCACUGCAUAGUUAUGCUAAUGGUAAAUUGUAAUGAAUAUGCUGAAGGCGAUUGCAAUGCUCGUGCAUUAGUGAUUUCAUCGCAGAUGAGUUAGUCCUCGUUGAAUUCCAAAGACAGCGUUGCAAAUAGCCAAACGACAUAUCUCAAACUCUCACUUUUUACAAUAUUCAACGCACCAUUGAAUAAAUAUUACGCAAUAUUUUCAACCAUAUAUCAACACUUUAUUGUAAUAAUACACGUAUCAUGUACAUGUAAUGUAUGUAUAUCUGUUCUCACUCUCAUCUUUGUGUUUCUAGCUUCCUCGUACAAUGUACAUUUAUAAUAAUACAACCGAGCAUUUUUUAGAGUUUUUUUCUGUUUUUUAGGGUAAUUUUUCCGUCAUAUUCCAGCUUGUCAAUUAAUGUUCUUUGUUAAUCGCGUUUAUUAUAGUUUUUGUUAUUCACUAUGAUCCGACAAUUGUUGGAUAUCCCUCGCAACUUAACAUUAUGCAACAACGUGUACAUAUUUAUUUAUAAUAUAUAUUUAUACAUUUAUUCCGAUUUUUUUUUUCGUUAAUCUCUGGAGUCUUAAUCUAGAGGCUCUUUUUAUAUUUUUUAUUUUUCACAUGUCACAUUUUGUCAGCCAUUCCGUUCAAUUUAUUCCUUGUAUUUUUUCGUUUUGUAUUCAUUAUUGUGUUUUUGAUUGUAUAACGUUCUGUUUGGAUUUGUCAAGUAGUGCAUGUUCGUAGAAAUAAAUCCAUUGUACAAUUUCAA